CCCAAUUUGUGGGCCAUAAACGAACUGCAUUUACACAGCAAAUAAUUUGGAUUUUAGGGAAAUGGACGCCAUAUAUCUGGAUAAAUCGGCUUUGAAAUCAGUAGAUGACUACUGGGAGUACAGAAGGGUUGUUGGUGACGAUGAUGGUGGAAAACUUUUUACUCCAGAAGAAUAUGAGGAGUACAAGAAGAAGAUUUUACCUCUGCGUAUGAAAAACAGGUUGUAUGUGAGCUAUGGUGUACCAGGCGGUAUUGACUGCAAGCUGAUUGGCCCUGAAACACAGUGUUUUUGUGGUCAUAGAUACAAGCAGCAUCAAACAGACUGGGAGGUGGUUCCCUCCGAACGACCCCUUGCUCUACCAUGCAAGGUCAUGGGAUGUCACUGUUCCACUUAUACCUACACUCCUCGGGUUGGAUGUAACCCAGUGCGGUGCAGGUGCAAACAUUUACCCCAGGAUCACAGUGAAGCCCAGGGCCACAUGUGCAAGAAGUGCAAUUUUUGCUCUAGUUUCCACAGUCCCUUCACUUGUGGCUGUGGUCGGCCAUGCUUUGAGCACCGUACUUUGGUUGAGACAAAGCUGGAGAGGCAGGCAAGGGGUCAGCCAGUUGGCAGAGACGUCCCUUAUGCAGCCAUGGGGGGUCUGACAGGGUUUAGCUCUCUGAUGGAUGGUUACCUCAGUGUGGAAAACCCCUGCACACAUGAAGGCAGAAGAGACGGCAGCCUGCAGAGGAGCUCAGCAGCGAGGGAGCUCAACACCUCUGCUAAAACAUCUGGUUCUGGCGUCUGCAAGAAACAGACAGACAGACACUGAAAAGCAACAUUUGCAAUUAAUUGUUUGACUGAC